UCAGACAUCUACUGGGGAGAAGCAGCACGGACCACUUGCAGAGCUGGCAAAUAAAGGACAGCAAUUUCCCCAGCCAAAGCCUAAGCUGGAAGGCGUGGGAGAAGAUGAACAAAAGUGAUCUGGCCUGGGGAAGCAAUGCCAAGGACCCAGAUGAAAAGGAGAUAUCGCCUUGCUUGGUUAGCAUAGGGGCUCUCCUCUACUACUGCAUCCUGCUGUGUGUGGGUUUGCCUGUUAACGUCUUAACUGCUGCUGCACUUUCCCGUCUUGCUGCUCGUACUCAGAAAUCCUCCUACUACUACCUCUUGGCCCUCACCGCUUCUGACAUCCUCACUCAAGUCUUUGUGGUCUUUGCUGGCUUCAUUGUGCAAGCAGCCAUCUUGUCUCGUGAAGUUCCAGGUGCCUUUGCCCAUGCAAUCAACAUCUUACAGUUCACAGCCAAUCACGCCUCCAUCUGGGUGACGGUACUGUUGACUAUGGACCGUUAUGUGGCCCUUUGCCAUCCCCUGCAGUACAGGGCUAUCUCCUACCCAGAACGCACCCAGAAGAUAAUUGGUGCCACGUUUGCAGUCUCACUGGCUACUGGAGUUCCUUUCUACUGGUGGCUAGAUGUUUGGCAUGAUAUCUACCCACCCAGCACAAUGGACAAAGUCCUGAAGUGGCUUCAUUGCUUCAUCAUCUACUUUAUUCCCUGCACUGUCUUUCUGCUGACAAACUCUGUGAUCAUCUGCAAGCUCAAGCGAUCAGGAAAUCCCAACCGCCGUCUCAGCAGAACGACGGCCAUCUUGUUGGCCAUCACCACUGUGUUCAUUGUCCUUUGGGCUCCACGGACAUUUGUCAUGAUCUACCACCUCUACGUGGCAUCGGUCAAUCAGGACUGGCGAGUACAUCUGGCCUUGGAUGUGGCCAACAUGGUAGCCAUGCUCAAUACCUCCAUCAACUUCUUCCUUUACUGCUUUGUCAGCAAGACUUUCCGACGUACAGUCCGCGAAGUGCUAGUUUCUUACAGAUUCCAUUGUACCCAACCAUCCAGGAAGAACACCACUUUGGAACUGACUCUGAAACCCCUGGGGGUCUGGGCUGGGACUUCAGUUUAGGGAGAUUAUUGUCUUUCUUAAACCAGCUCCAUUUUUGCUGAAUGUAGAUUCCAUGUGUCUUUUGGUGCACCAGCAUAAAUCAGGAACAGAAGGGAUAUAAAGCAACAAUGCUGGGAAGAAUAUUCUGGGUAUGCAAAAAUGUUGUGUGCGCAUAUAUUUAGUUGUUUUAUUUGCACCAAUGUGGCUGUGGAUGUAAGUUUGCUUAUGUGUACGUUUCCAGAGCGCAGCAAACAUUGACAAGGUUUUGGAUGAAUAUAGGCAACUAUAGAUCAAGUAGGAGCAUUUCAAGUGUACAUAUGUUAUUUCUUAUGGAAACCAAUCAACUUUAAUAUUAUCUCAACUGGAACAUAGAAUAAUAGAUAUGGUUGCUUUUGCCACAUAAUUGUGGAAGCCAGCUGACCAGGUCGGCAAUGGCGAUCAUGUCACCUUGAGAUGCUGCAACCAUUAAAAAUGCAAGAUGGUUGCCAAGCAUCCAGAUCACGCUCACGUGACUGUGAGGAAACUGCAACGGUGUAAGUGCAAAGACCAGUUAUAAGUCACUUUUUUCAACAUCAACAUAACUUUGAAUGAUCGCUAAGCAAAUGGUCUUAAGUUGAGGACUGUCUGUAAAACUAACCAUCACCAGGUUACCUUAGCAGAAAAUGAAAGAGAAAAGCCACUUUGAAUGAUUGGCUCUGCAUACUCAGAAGCAGUACAUAAAAACUUUUCAAGAUGCCCCAUGACAACCAGUUUGAAGCUGCCUUGCCUUUCCCCAACCUGAUGCCAUCCAGAUAUGCUCCCCAAAUUCUCAUCCAAAGGCCACAUUAACUGAGAAUCUGAGAGCUUUAACCCCAACAUUUCUAGAAGGCAUCUGACUAAGAAAAGCUGAGGGAGCAGAUCCUGAAGCUAAGCUUCAUCCCCCUAACGAGGUGCUUCCCAAACUUUUUUCCUUCAUUACCCAAAACCAUUUUUGGAGUUUGCCAAAUAGUUUUGUGUUUGUUUUUUUAAUGAAGGCAAGAGCAACAAAGCCUACUUCACACACAGAGGGGCUUGGAAAUGGCAAUAAUUGCAUCACAGCCUCCUCAGCUACUACAGGAUAUUCAUUGUGAACUAUUAGCCAGGAAGACUCCAACAGCUCCUCCUCCUCUUCAAAUAACAUUUUCCAUUGACCUCUUUGCCUAAGCCAGAUCAUUUGCUCUGCAUAGCCGUUAAUGGGUUCAUGUAUAGUCACCCAAAGAAAAACCACUUUUAUCCAAUACAGGUAGUAGUUUACUGGUACAGGUACUCUUCAGUUUUCAACCAUUUGUUUAGCGAUUGUUCAAAGUUACAACAGCAUUGAAAAAAUAACAAAUGAUUGUUUUUCGUACUUAUCACCACUGCAGCAUCCCUACAGUCACGUGAUCAGAAUUGCAACACUCGUAUUUAUGACAGUUCCAGUGUUCUAGAGUCAUGUGAUCGUGUUU